GUUCCACGGCGGUGGCGGGGGAACCGGCAGUGGGGUCUGUGCGGGCGCCGCAGGCUGGGAAGCAGCCUGAGUCCCCCCGGGGCUUCCCUGCUCCGUCUCGCUGUGCCAGGCCGCCCGCCGGGAUGCAGUGGGCCAUGGGCCGGCGGUGGGUGUGGACCGCGCUGCUUCUGGCCGCCGCGGCCGUGCUGGCCCAGGCGGUCUGGCUGUGGUUGGGCUCGCAGAGCUUCGUCUUCCAGCACGAAGAGAUCGCGCAGCUGGCGCGGCAGUACGCGGGACUGGACCACGAGCUGGCCUUCUCGCGGCUGAUCGUGGAGCUGCGGCGGCUGCACCCGGGCCACGUGCUGCCGGACGAGGAGCUGCAGUGGGUGUUCGUGAACGCGGGGGGCUGGAUGGGCGCCAUGUGCCUGCUGCACGCCUCGCUGUCCGAGUACGUGCUGCUCUUCGGCACCGCCCUGGGCUCCGGCGGCCACUCGGGGCGCUAUUGGGCUGAGAUCUCUGACACCAUCAUCUCCGGCACCUUCCACCAGUGGAGAGAGGGCACUACCAAGGGCGAGGUGUUCUACCCAGGAGAGACCGUGGUGCACGGGCCUGGUGAGGCAGCCGCCGUGGAGUGGGGACCAAACACUUGGAUGGUGGAGUACGGCCGAGGUGUCAUCCCAUCUACCCUGGCCUUCGCGCUGGCUGACACCGUCUUCAGCACCCAGGACUUCCUCACUCUCUUCUACACUAUCCGCGCCUAUGCCCGGGGCCUCCGGCUGGAGCUCACCACCUACCUCUUCGGCCAGGACCCCUGACCAGCCGGGCGAAAGGAGGACCUGUGGGUGGACAGAGCGGGCAGGCCCGCACACAUCCAUUGGCUGGAGUCCUUAUGAGAAACGGAAACAUAGUUAAAACACGCAGAGUCCCUGGUGUACUAGUAGGAACCUGCAAGCUUACACAACCAAACACAGUGACCAUUGGGGAUGUAGGGGACACACAGUUAAGAGACUGAAUCCCAUGUGUAAGAUAGCAUCAUGCAUUCACACCCAUCCAGAGAGGGAACCCCAGCUAUACCAAGGGAACCAGUCAUGUUCAAACACAUAGGCCACAAGCUUGACUCAUGAACUCAGGCCUUUUCCAGAGUUUCCCUGCCUUCAGUCAGGGCUUUGGAGUUAGGGAGAAGGGUAUUACACUCUUGCCUGGGUCUGUCCCCUCAACCCAGUUCCAAAAGGGGAGUGAGGGGGAAGAAGAGCUGCCCUUGGAGACCCCCUUCACCUGCAGCUGUGAUACCAUUCCCCUUCCUCUCCCUGGCCUCACCACAUGCCUUACCCCCAUUCUGUUCCCCUGCUAUGCAAGUACCCUGGUGGCUUGUGCCCUGCCCUCUCAGCAAUCAGGUUGUCUGGGGAACCAGAAUGUGAAGAAUGCUGAGAUGGGAGGACAAAAGUUUAUGUUCUGAAAGACCCCCACUGCUCCCUGAGGGAUAUGAUGGGGAGAUUGGCAUCGGCCCAGGGUUUACCACAGGGGAGACAUGGAGAGGGGGGCUUAGGUCCAAGGGACCAUCCCUGGCCUAGAGAAGGCCAUUUUUGCAUAUGUGUGUCCAACAGCUUCUAGACACUGCCCCUGCUGCGUUCUCUGCCCAUCUGUCUGUCUCUAUUAAUAAAAAGACCUGUUGGACAGUU